ACUGGCUUCUGUCUUGCUUGCUUGAAUUGUGGAAUCAUUAGCUCAUCCAAUGCCAAACGAUACCGGCAAUGUUGCGCGGUUACGUUCAUAUCUCAACCACAAAGCGCGAAUAAAGGUCUCUGAUGGAAGAAUAUUCAUUGGUGUCUUUGUCUGCACCGACAAAGAUAAAAACACAAUUCUAGCUCAUGCUGAAGAGUACCGUGGAGAUGAGCAGAGGCUAGUUGGUUUGGUCAUGAUCCCCGGAAAGCAUUUGUUAAGGAUGGAUAUCGAAGACCUUGAUGCUGGUGACGAGUACAUGUAAUGAAAUCAACAAUACAAAAUCGUUCCCAAAUAGAAUGCAGAGGGGUCAGGAACCCAUUAUCUUUGUCAAAGCGGACAUGAAAAGAAGUCCCUACAUUUUGACGAAAACAUGGCAUACAUAGAUAAUCAUGGGCAACUGUAAACGAGAACAGCCAUUGUAAUAUACCUCAUUGACUGGAGAGCCACUUCAGCCAAUUGCAAUAAACGUACAAUCUUUUUUUUUUCUAAAGAGACACCUCUUACACAUAAGCAUCAUCUUUGAUAUGUUCAAUAAAGUGAUAUAUAC